AAAGAAAGAGAGUAUACAAGAGAGAGAGAGAGACUGUAAGUGAGUAUUGAAGAGGCUUUUUAGAUCCAAUCCCUCAGUACUUGUCACAAGCAGUCAUCUGCAGAUGAUGUUCCUGAGAGCGUCCCUAGCAACCCAGUCACCCUCUGCUCAGUCAAUGGGUUCAGAGCAGCACAGAGUUUAGUUUAGCUAACCUGCCUACACAAAGCUGUCAGAGACUGGUAACACACACUCCCCUCACCAUGGCGAUACUGGGAAGGGAAAGUGUGUCAUCUCGCCACCCCCAACCGUUCCCUCCGCCCCCUCUAUCACUCCACUCUCACUCCCUCUCUCCUCCCUCCACUCCUGCUUUAAUUCCUCCAAUCCUCUUUGUAGGACUGACGUCUGCUACAGUCACAAACAGAGCUAAGACAAGAGAGGAGAGUGGAGGAAAAUAGAGUCUGGUAGUCUCAGAAACAAACUGCUCUCUGUCUCUCACACUUCCACUAGCUCAGCUCCCAGGGCUCUCCAGGACUCAGGGGGGGGUGCUCUACCCUCACAGCAUCCUCUCCUCGCUCCUUGUUGGGGCUCACCUCACUGCCUGAGGCCGGGGAACAUCCAGGGGACAUCUAGGUGACACUCACUCAGCCUCACCCAGGACCUGGGACUUCAGCUCCAGCUCGACUCUCUAAAAUCGGGUCCUCCUCAAAGGCCUUCUGAGCCUGCAACGUGACCCACCCUUCUUCUGUCUGACUGAGAGAGAGAGGGAACUGUCAUUCUAUCUCAGGCCUCAACUCCCAUGCACUGUAUCUGCAGAGAAGCUAGAAGACAGGAGAAUACCCUAAAGACAGAGACCGGAUGAUUUCAAUUUGUCCUACCGAUAUCGUCAUAAGAGAUAAGACACAGCAGUGAGAGUGUGUGUCUGUGUAUUUCUUAUAACGAGUGUGACACAGACCACUCUGUGUCAGCUGUGUGUUAGAGAAAGAACACACACUGGGGAAGACUUUUCUUGUGGCAUUUGAUGUGCAGAUGUGUGUGUGUGACAUGUCAGGUGUGUGACUCAUUGUAGUUGUCAGGCAUUGAAUGUGCAUUUGAGACGCGAGUGUGGCCUUAAGUGUGCGAGAGGCUUCGGUUUCCUCUGGAUUUCUCUGGGAUGGAGGGUCAAGGCUACGACCGGUUUGGUGAAGGUGAGCGUGACACCUACCAGAUCGACUACCGCCAUAUCGUUGGUGAUACCGAGCCCGCUAGGCCGCGUCUCUUGCCCCUCGAAGGGGAACACACACACACCAACACCCAUGGAGCCUACACACACACCAACCCUCACGGCCACGAGACAGCCGCGCAGAGAUACAGUGCCACACGCAUCCAAGCCGGAUAUGAACCUGAGAGCAUGGCUGACUAUCUGAUCAGUGGAGGGACAGGGUACGUGCCUGAAGAUGGACUAACGGCUCAGCAGCUCUUCUCUGUCGGGGACGGACUCACAUACAAUGAUUUCCUGAUUCUUCCUGGUUUCAUAGACUUUAACUCUGAUGACGUGGACCUGACUUCAGCUCUGACCAGGAAGAUCACCCUGAAGACCCCUCUAAUCUCAUCUCCCAUGGAUACAGUCACUGAGUCCUCCAUGGCCAUCGCUAUGGCUCUCAUGGGAGGGAUCGGGAUCAUGCACCAUAACUGUACUCCAGAGUUCCAAGCCAACGAGGUCCGCUUGGUCAAGAAAUUUGAGCAGGGUUUCAUCACAGACCCGGUGGUAAUGAGUCCUCACCACACGGUGGGAGACGUGUUCGAAGCCAAGGUCCGCCACGGCUUCUCUGGCAUCCCCGUCACAGAGACAGGAAAGAUGGGAAGCAAGCUGGUGGGUAUCGUCACCUCCCGAGACAUCGACUUCCUUUCCGAGAAAGACCAUGACAAACCCCUGGAAGAGGCCAUGACAAAGAGGGAAGAUUUAGUGGUUGCACCAGCUGGUGUAACACUGAAAGAAGCCAACGAUAUCCUGCAGCGCAGCAAGAAAGGUAAGCUGCCCAUAGUGAAUGACAGUGAUGAGCUGGUGGCCAUCAUAGCGAGGACAGACCUGAAGAAGAACAGAGACUACCCUCUGGCCUCUAAAGACUCCAGGAAGCAGCUGUUGUGUGGAGCUGCCAUUGGAACCAGAGAGGAGGACAAGUACAGACUGGACCUGCUGAUGCAGGCUGGUGUCGACAUGGUGGUGCUGGACUCCUCCCAGGGGAACUCUGUCUAUCAGAUCAACAUGAUCAACUACAUCAAACAGAAAUACCCUGAACUACAGGUGGUGGGAGGAAACGUGGUGACUGCAGCACAGGCUAAGAAUCUGAUAGAUGCGGGUGUGGAUGCUCUGAGGGUGGGGAUGGGCUGUGGCUCCAUCUGCAUCACCCAGGAAGUGAUGGCAUGUGGGCGUCCCCAGGGUACAUCAGUGUACAAGGUGGCAGAGUAUGCCAGGCGUUUCGGUGUGCCUGUCAUUGCAGACGGAGGCAUCCAGACCGUUGGACACGUGGUCAAAGCUCUCGCUCUCGGGGCAUCCACAGUGAUGAUGGGGUCAUUGCUCGCGGCUACCACGGAGGCCCCGGGGGAGUAUUUCUUCUCGGACGGCGUGCGACUAAAGAAGUAUCGCGGGAUGGGCUCCCUUGACGCCAUGGAGAAGAACAGCAGCAGCCAGAAACGCUACUUCAGUGAGGGGGACAAGGUGAAGGUGGCUCAGGGUGUGUCAGGGUCGGUCCAGGAUAAAGGCUCCAUCCAUAAAUUUGCCCCCUAUCUCAUUGCUGGCAUACAACAUGGCUGCCAAGACAUCGGAGCCAAGAGCCUCUGCAUACUGCGGUCCAUGAUGUACUCUGGGGAGCUGAAGUUUGAGAAGAGGACCAUGUCAGCUCAGGUUGAGGGGGGAGUACACGGGCUGCACUCUUAUGAGAAGCGGCUAUACUGAGGGAGGAGCGAGAAGAAGCACACGAGCAGCUCCCAGCGUACCCCCACCAGCAGCCACCAGGCACAAUAGAUACAUGUGACCUACCUACAACCACUACUCAAUUCAACCAUCACAUAACCUUUUGGCUAUACAUAAGACCGCUGACUCCUCUCUUCUCCUCCCACCCACUAUCUCUCUCUGUCUCUGUGUUGUAAGAUGCUUUUGAGGGACCAUAAAGUCACCUCUGACUUGAUUGAUGUUAUGACAUAAUCUACAGGGACUAGGGACUAACGUUCAAUGGUCACAUGUACCUGGGUCAUGGCACAGAGCCAUCAGGCUGUAUAAGGUAUGUAGCGCAUGUAGAACUGUGAAUACUGUGAACUACUUUACGUACCCUGGAACUCUUUAUACCAGUUUUGGUUGAUCAUGGUCCUAUGUCUCAGAUGUAUUUGAAUGUACAGUAGUGUUGAUGACCAUAUGGAAUAGCCUAGAGGUCUGUUAGUGUGGCUCUACUGUAGAGAGGACCAAAGCCACGGUAGGCGUUAGCCUUCAAUCAGGGAUAAUCACAGCGCCUUAAGACAGCACAUGGAGUCUAUACUGUGGAUAGUGCUGGAAUCUGUUUUUCAUUGGAUUCUCAUCAGUUUGAAGGAAAAAAAAGAGAAUCACACAUAUUUUUCGUGUGAAGUUCACUAAGAUUUGGGAUGUGUUUUCAUUCAUGUUAUGUGUGUUUUCUGAUGACGGGGUGAUUGUACAGUGACUUUGGCCUAAUCUGUGGUGUUAAUAAUAUGAUAUGAUGUAUUUGAGUGCAUUUGGAAAGUAUUCAGACCCCUUCACUUUCUCCACAUAUGUUGCGUUACAGCCUUAUUCUAAAAUUGAUUAAAUUGUUUUUUCUCAUCAAUCUACAUGCAAUAGCCCACAAUUCCUGAUAUUUAAUCCUAGUAAAAAUUCCCUGUCUUAGGUCAGUCAAGUAAGUGAAAUGUCAGAAUGAUAGUAGAGUGAUUUAUUUCUUUCAUCACAUUCCCAGUGGGUCAUAAGUUUAUAUACACUCAAUUAGUAUUUGGUAGCAUUGCCUUUAAAUUGUUUAACUUGGGUCAAACGUUGCGGGUAGCUUUCCUCAAGUUGGGUGAAUUUUGGCCCAUUCCUCCUGAAAGAGCUGGUGUAACUGAGUCAGGUUUGUAGGCCUAAUUGCUCGCACACACUUUUUCAGUUCUGCCCACACAUUUUCUAUAGGAUUGAAGUCGGGGCUUUGUGAUGGCCACUCCAAUACCUUGACUUUGUUGUCCUUAAGCCAUUUUGCCACAACUUUGGAAGUAUGCUUGGGGUCAUUGUCCAUUUGUAAGACCCAUUUGCGAUCAAGCUUUAACUUCCUGACUGAUGUCUUGAGAUGAUGCUUCAAUAUAUCCACAAUUUUCCUCACUCAUUAUGCCAUCUAUUUUGUGAAGUGCACCAGUCCCUCCUGCAACAAAGCACUCCCACAACAUGAGGCUGCCACCCCCGUUCUUCACGGUUGGGAGGGUGUUCUUUGGCUUUCAAGCCUCCCCCUUUUUCCUCCAAACAUAACGAUGGUCAUUAUGGCCAAACAGUUCUAUUAUUGUUUCAUCAGACCAGAGGACAUUUCUCCAAAAAGUGCGAUCUUUGUCCCCAUGUGCAGUUGCAAACCGUAUUCUGGCUUUUUAUGGCGGUUUUGGAGCAGUGGCUUCUUCCUUGCUGAGCUGCCUUUCAGGGUAUGUCAAUAUAGGACUUGUUUUACUGUGGAUAUACAUACUUUUGUACCUGUUUCCUCCAGCAUCUUCACAAGGUCCUUUGCUGUUGUUCUGGAAUUGAUUUGCACUUUUCGCACCAAAGUACGCUCAUCUCUAGGAGACAGAACGUGUUUCUGUCCUGAGUGGUAUGACGGCUGCGUGGUCCUAUAGUGUUUAUACUUGUGUACUAUUAUUUGUACAGAUGAACGUGGUACCUUCAGGCAUUUGGGGGAAAAAAUUGAGGUCUUUGCUGAUUUCUUUUGAUUUUCCCAUGAUGUCAAGCAACGAGGCACUGAGUUUGAAGAUAUGCCUUGAAAUACAUCCACAGGUACACCUCCAAUUGACUCAAAUGAUGUCAAUUAGCUUAUCAGAAUCUUGUUAAGCCAUGACAUCAUUUUCUGGAAUUUUCCAAGCUGUUUAAAGGCACAGUCAACUUAGUGUAUGUAAACUUCUGACCCACUGGAAUUGUGAUAUAGUGAAAUAGUCUGUCUGGUAACAAUCGUUGGAAAACUUGUGUCAUGCACAAAGUAGACGUCCUAACUGAAUUGCCAAAACUAUAGUUUGUUAACAAGACAUUUUGUGGAGUGGUUAAAAAAAACGAGUUUUAAUGACUCAAACCUAAGUGUAUGUAAACUUCCGACUUCAACUGUAUAUAAAAAAUAAUAAUACCUUUUGUUGAAGCACCUUUGGCAGCGAUUUCAGCCUUGUCUUUCGCAUGACGCUACAUGCUUGGCACAUCUGUAUUUGGGGAGUUUUUCUCAUUCUUCUUUCACUCUCAAGCUCUGUCAGGUUGGAUGGGGAGCGUCGCUGCACAGCUAUUUUCAGAUCUAUCCAGAGAUUUUAGAUUGGGUUCAAGUUCCGGGCUCUGGCUGGGCCACUUCUGCGUUGUCUUGGCUGUGUGCUUAGGGUCAUUGUCCUGUUGGAAGGUGAACCUUCGCCCCAGUCUGAGGUCCUGAGUGCUCUGGAACAGGUUUUCAUCAAGCAUCUCUCUGUACAUUGCUUGGUUAAUCUUUCCCUUGAUUCUGACUAGUCUCCCAGUCUCUGCCGCUGAAAAACAUCCCCACAGCAUGGUGCUACCACCCUAGGGAUGGUGCCAGGUUUCCUCCAGACAUGCCGCUUGGCAUUCAGGCCAAAUAGUUCAAUCUUGGUUUCAUCAGACUAUCUAAUCUUGUUUGUCAUGGUCUGAGAGUCCUUUAGGUACCUUUUUGGCAAACUCACUGAGGAGUGGCAAAAAUUAAUGGAGUGCUGCAGAGAUGGUUGUCCUUCUGAAAGGUUCUCCCAACUCCACAGAUUAACUCUGGAGCUCUGUCAGAGUGAGCCU